AUGUCUGACUCGGAGGCAGAAGUUUCGCUGGUGUCCAGUGGUGGUACCCUUGAAGCGUUCAAUCUAGACCAGAUUCUCCAGGUGCUCAAAGACUCGGCCCAAGAUGCAAUUGAAACCAAGGACUUCUUGUCUUACUCGACAGUGUUGGAUAUCCAUCUCUCGGAACUAGGCAGAUUUUCUGCAGACGAAAGAGAAAUAUUGCUCCAGCAGUUGCUCGACUCCUUGAGUAGCAACCACGAGCUUGUAGCAGAAGUUGGAUGGGACAUUCCUGCACUUCUUAUUCCGUUUGUGGACUCCGAUUUUGCCUUUGUUGGCGGGAUCCGUGAUGCGCCUUGUGUGUACAAGGUGCUCAAGAUUUUCGAGGUGCUUGCGCUCCAUGGGAAUGCCAAGGAGCUUUUCCUCAAAUCCACUGAGCUCUUGAGCUCCUUGAAGCGGGACGAACGGGCUGAAAACCCGCUCUUUGCAGAGAAGUUCUACGAAAUCAAGCUCUACUGUAUCUUCGAACUCAUCACGAGCUCGAUGCGCCGGGUCCACACGUUGUACCCGUCGCGCUUCUUGGCAAUGACCGUCUCCAGCUUCAUCAACCAGCUCUUUCUCAAUCCGUUGGAUGACCCCACAAGCUUUAAUUUUGUGAUGAAACGUAUGUACGGCUUUGCUCGCAAUUACGUGUCUCCACCCAAGCCCGAGAAGACCGAUUUGCCUGCGGAGGACUUGAAGAAAAUUGAAGACGACGAGAACUUCUUGCUGAGGAAGCUCUUGACCGCACUCCUCACUGAAGGCACGUUCAUGGCCAUGCGUCUCACUUGGAUCGGGUUCACUGUCUCUUACUUCAACCAUCUUCAUAAAAUUCUAGUGGUGGAUCAAAAGUCUGUGCUGGACUAUGAGUUGGACAUGCCUGUGUUGAACAGACUCAACGAGUUGGCGCUCUCGUUCGACUUGGCGCCCCAUCAGGAUUUUGAGGAUUUCGUGACCCUGUCUGAAAAAUUGGUUGACUUCGAUGCUGCCGCAGCUUCAGAGGGCGAGUCUUUCAGCAGCGAAUUGUUUGAGAGGCUUGUGGUGGACUAUCAAAACUUAUUUUCCAACUGCAUUGUCAACGCUAAGACGGGUGCGGUGGCCGAUUCCUUGGGUGGAAACCUCCUUCUAUAUACCUACGAAAUGAGCUCAAGAAACGCCGUGGGGGCUGCGAACAUCUCGCUAAAACAAUCCAUCGCAAUGGCCAUCCGCGUGAUUGUGCCAGGUAUUGUUCAUCCUUCUCUUCAUCACAGGGGAAUGCUUGACUUGGCUGUUUUUUGGUGUUGGCACGUGGUCCAGACCCUAUUGAAGAAACCAAAGCAACUCGAACUAGAGUUAUCCUCUGUCCCUAAGGUUAUUAUGGUGACGUUUUUACAGGCCUUGGUCUACGCUGUAUCUUCCACGAGUCCAAGCUCGAAGUUCCGGUACGUGACACUCACUUUAUUGACAAAGGUUUUGUCUGCCGUGCCGGAAGAUGCAGCUUAUUCCUUCAUCAUCAACGCAUUGCGUGAGUGUCCUUUCAAAGGUGCCAAACCUGUUCUUGUUGGUGUGCUCAGGGUUUUAAUAGUGAGCGAUAAAAAGGUUGAUGAGCUCAGUGAGACUUUGGGAUCGCUAGACAUCGGUAAGGACUCUUCUGAGAACAAAAGUGCACCACCGCUUCCGGCUCGUACUCCAAAAGAGAAGACUAAGUUCAUCACUCUCACAAAGACUAGAACGGAGGACAUUUUGUCCCUAGUCGACCAGUACAUCAACUUGACCUUUGAAGAAUGUGAUGGAGUUACUCAACCAGAAAAGCUCGAGAGGAUUACCAACAUGACAGAGAAAAACGUGUCCCUGGUGGAGGAGAAUUUCAAAGGCGAGGGUCAGAAUCGCAUACCUCUCAACGCUGUCAUGGUAUUGCGAGUCGCUCUCACUAGACUUUCAGAAUAA